GCUCCGCAGGCCCCGCGGAGGCUUUGGGCGCUGGAGCCGCCUUGGCCGGGACUGUGCGCCUGCGCUCGGCCGGCCGCCACCGCCGCCGCCGCCACCCCUGCCUGCUUUCCCGGCGCGGCCGCGCCGCCUGCGUGUCUGGCUUGCUCCAUGGGCAGCAGCGAGGGGCAGGAUGACAGAUUAUGUCGAGGAGCAGCGCAACGAGCUAGAGGCUCUGGAGUCCAUCUACCCCGACUCCUUCACAGUAUUAUCAGAACAUCCACCCAGCUUCACCAUUACUGUGGCAUCUGAAGCUGGAGAAAAUGAUGAAACUGUUCAGACUACCCUCAAGUUUACAUAUAGUGAAAAAUAUCCAGAUGAAGCCCCCCUUUAUGAAAUAUUCUCCCAGGAAAAUCUAGAAGAUAAUGAUGUCUCAGACAUUUUAAAAUUAUUAGCAUUGCAGGCAGAAGAAAAUCUUGGUAUGGUAAUGAUCUUUACCUUAGUGACAGCUGUGCAAGAAAAGUUAAAUGAAAUAGUAGAUCAGAUAAAAACUAGAAGAGAAGAAGAAAAGAAACAAAAAGAAAAAGAAGCAGAAGAAGCUGAAAAGCAACUUUUUCAUGGCACUCCAGUUACAAUUGAGAAUUUCUUAAGUUGGAAGGCCAAAUUUGAUGCAGAACUCUUAGAAAUUAAAAAGAAACGAAUGAAAGAAGAAGAACAAGCAGGAAAAAAUAAAUUAAGUGGAAAACAGCUAUUUGAAACAGAUCAUAAUCUUGACACAUCUGAUAUCCAGUUCUUGGAGGAUGCUGGAAACAGUGUGGAGGUAGAUGAGUCUUUGUUCCAGGAAAUGGAUGACUUGGAGUUGGAAGAUGAUGAUGAUGAUGACCCAGACUACAAUCCAGCUGAUCCAGAGAGUGAUUCGACUGACUAAUAGACUCUCCCUGUCUGUAUAACGAGGCCUGACUGUCACAGCAUCUGUGGCUAUCCUUAGAAGGGGUUGAUUUUUCUUUCUUUUUUUCUAAGAAAAAAUAAUUUUCAGGAGAAUAUUCUUCUGAGAGCUUUCAUCAUUGAACUUAAUAAACUGACAUAAAAUUUCAAAUAUAAAA